CUCCCGCGCGCCUGGGGCCUUCCCCUCAGGCGUGGGAAAGGAUAAGGCGCCUGGCGCGUGGCUAACCUUGCGACCCCUGCGCGCCGCCAAAGCGGCUGCACGGUCUUUGCGAAGAGAGAAACCCGAGCCCACGUGGCUGGGAUGCACGUUAAUUUCACACCGAGUGUUCAUCGGAAUGGCGGGCGAGGCCUCCUCCGCGGCGAGUCUCCUUAAUCUCUAUCUCUUAAGAGAAUUUAGGGUCCUCCGGACCGCACUCUGGGCCUCACCCUUCUAGUGAAAUGACGUUUCCUCUUAGCCGCUUACUUUUUCCUCUAUCAAAGCCGCCAUCUAAGAAAGAACAAACGGUGACCCGCUUCCGAAAACUUUUUUCCGGAUAACGGGCUGUUUUAUACGAAGUCUUGGAACAUAAAAAAUAGGGUUACAAAAUGAGUUGAAGGGAGAAUGUUGACGUUUUUAAACGCUUCCUUUUGGGCCGGCGUCUUGACAACGCCUGAAAUUCCAGCUCAGGAGGCAAAGGAAUGGGAUUCAUUGCAAAUCGAAGGCCAGCAUGGUCUCGAUAUGGUGAGUUCAGGGGUACACGCAGCGAGACACUAUCUCAAGAUAAUUCUAAAAUGCUUCCUUUUAAGCACACUGAACGGUAAGAAAGACACUAGACCGCAGAGUUCGGCUCAGCCCUGAAACUGGAGCAGGUAGAGGAUUUCGCCUCAGAUGAGACGGCGGAGUAUGGGUGGAAGUUUCCACGUUGGACCACGAAUCUUGGUCUCCAGCCUCUAAGCUCUUAACCACGGAACGCAGUUUCAGCCGGUUCAGUUUUCCCGCAGGGAGCCCGAGUCCACCCCCAGCCUUCCUUCCUGCGCAGGCGCAGUGCCACUUACCCGCAUGGAAGUGGUGGGUCUCUUAUGUGUGGCAGUGGCUGUCCUGACUUGGGGCUUCCUCCGGGUUUGGAACUCGGCGGAACGAAUGAGGUCUCCGGACCAGGCGGGCCUGCCGGGAGCCGGAAGCCGGGCCCUUGUAGUGAUCGCGCACCCGGACGAUGAAGCCAUGUUCUUUGCUCCCACGGUGCUAGGCUUGGCACGCCUGGAGCAGCAGGUGUCCCUGCUUUGCUUCUCCUCAGGAAAUUACUACAAUCAAGGUGAGAUUCGAAAGAAAGAACUUCUUCAGAGCUGUGCUGUUUUGGGGAUUCCACCUUCCCGUGUAAUGAUUAUUGACAAGAGGGAGUUUCCAGAUGAUCCAGAAGUGCAGUGGGACACGGAGCAUGUGUCCAGCACCCUCCUCCAGCACAUACAUGCCAAUGGCACCAACCUGGUGGUGACUUUUGAUGCAGAAGGAGUCAGUGGUCACAGCAACCAUAUUGCUCUGUACAAAGCUGUGAGGGCCCUGCACUCAGGAGGGAAGCUGCCUAAAGGAUGCUCUGUUCUCACGCUCCAGUCUGUGAACGUGCUUCGGAAGUAUGUCUUCCUCCUGGACCUGCCCUGGACUCUACUGUCGCCCCAGGAUGUUCUCUUUGUGCUCACCAGCAAAGAGGUGGCACAGGCCAAGAAAGCCAUGUCCUGCCACCACAGUCAACUCCUCUGGUUCCGCCACCUCUACAUCCUCUUCUCCAGAUACAUGAGAAUCAACUCACUGCAGUUCCUCUGAAGCCUCGAAGAAUUGUCAGAGCCUCAGAUCAAAAGAGAGAAGCAGAGCAAGAAGUCCCCUGGCCAGGCUUUGGACUGACUUACCUGCUUGACCCGGGGAAACCCCAGCAAAGCAGCCUCUGUCAAUCAGGGACCGCGAGGACAAAGGAUCACUUCCAAUCCACCUUCCUCUGCUGGGGAAAACUCGCAAAACCACACCUACACUAACACAAUAAUAGCUACCCCGCUAAUUUACAUAGUUUGUGUGAUAACAGAGUUGCACCAGACAUCUAGCAAAGCCGACGUAGGUUGCCUUUACCAUAAAUGAGCGUAAAUGAGCCAUAGAACUAGUUCGCAGGUGUGAUUUUUUACAUUGCUUCCAGACCAGGCUGGUUUGGUCAGUCUUCUGUUUCUGCAGCUGAAACACCACACACAGGGCAUCUGCUGAGCUGCGGUUUAUGGUUUACUUGGAUCAGGGUUCUGAAGCCUGUGACAUGCAAGAGCAAAGCAGCCUCUACCUGACAGCUCAAGGUGAGAGGCCUCCCUCUGCAUCUCACAGGCAAAGGCAGUCAGUCACUGGGAGACAGAGCCCGUGAGCCAGAGUGCUCCUUUAGAACAACCACGCCUACAACAGUGCCCACUCACCUCCAAAAGGCCUCACCCUGAACACUGGGGCUUUGAAGAGACAUGAAUUCCAGGGGACCCAGCCAAACCCUAGUACAGACUCAUCACAGACCACCCCACACACAAACCUCAACACACACACAAUCUUCACGUGCUUCAACCGUAAUUCCUUGGAGUUUUGUGUCCCCCUUACAAGAACUUUACAGUCUAGGGAAGCUGUACCUUAUCACCAUGGUGGCUCUGAUGUGUGUGAAGAUGAUCCUGUGGGUCCUCCCUUUAAAGAGCCAAUAAACAUCUUGGUUCUCUGCCUUUUCAAAGUA